AUGACAUCUCGAGAGAUAUUAACUAUUCAGUUUGGUCAUUAUUCCAAUUUUAUUGGUACUCAUUGGUGGAAUUUACAGGAAUCUAAUUUCUCUUAUGAUCCUGAUAAUCCAUCUGAGCUAAAUCAUGAUGUUUUAUACAAAGAGGGUGAAAAUUUAAGGAAACAAGUUACUUUUACUCCUAGACUGUUGAUUGUAGACUUGAAAGGAGCAUUUGGAUAUUUGAAAGAAGAAGGAACAUUGUAUAAUGUUAGUCAGUCACAAAAAGCUCCUCAAUCCUUAUGGGAUAACACAAAAGUGGAAAUUUUGAAAGAAGAUGCAAUCGAUAAACCUCCAUUUAUCAAGAGUUUGGAUGAAUCUUCUGAAAUUUUAGAUUCAGCAUCAGCAUCGUAUGAUAUAGAAAAUAAUAUUAAUUCAUGGGUGGAUUAUCUAUUACCUAGGUUUCACCCUAGAACAUCAAAUAUCAUUAAACAAUAUAAACAUGGUUGUGCAACAAAUCCAUUUGAUGUUUUUACGUAUGGAAGAAAUUUAUGGAAUACAGAACAAUUCUCAGAUGACUUUUCUGAAAGGAUAAGAGUAUACGUUGAAGAGUGUGAUUUGAUGCAAGGUUUUCAGAUAAUUCUAGAUUCUGUGGAUGGAUUUGCUGGAAUUGGCACAUCGUGUAUGCAACACUUAAGAGAUGAAUAUGGAAAAAGUAUUUUGUCAUUUCCAUGUAUGGACAGUAAAAAAUCAGAACCUUCUACAUCCAAUCUGAUUAAAGCACUUAAUACGGCUUUAUGUUGGCAAAGUGUAGAAGAAUAUGCUUCAUUAUUUAGUCCGCUUUGUUGUGGACAAACAGUUUGGCCUCAAAUCGGGGAUCCGCGUAUAUUUGAUCAUUUGACAUAUAAUUCUGAAUUGAAGUAUCAUAGUAGUGCAAUUUUAGCAACUGCUUUAGAUACAUUAACCAUUAGAUACAGACGAAAGGAAUAUCCAAAUGUACUUUUAUCUGAUUUAUGCGCGGAUCUUAAUAAACUGGGUCGAAAAGCUGUCGUAACGAGCUUAACUUUACCAUUUCCAAUGACCGCAAAAACAGAUUUAAUUGACGUACUUGACGAUUUUGAAGGAACACUGUGGACAAGUUUAACACCAAAUUGUGAUGUACCAAUGGAUAAAAGUAUGCAAAGCAUAGUAUUACGCGGAAUUUCUGAGGAAAGGUUAAAACGACCUAUUUCCCAUGCAAUGAAACAAAUGUCAAAACCAGCAUAUAAGUGUUCUACUGUACACGAAAUGAUGAUGCUCUAUUUAUCAUGUACUUGUCAUGCAUCAGCAACUUAUUUAUCGAAUAUCUCAUCACCAUUGAAAAUCAGACCUCCAUAUCCAACAAUUUUCAAUAAUAAUAUUUGCGAAAAUGGGGACGUUAUUGGGUGGCCUGUAGGAACAGAUGUUAAAUCUGUUCCUGUCAUGGCUGGUUUACACAGUGGCAGCAGUUUGAGUGCGAUGUAUGAAUCUUUACACAGUCAGUUGAACAGAAUAAGGAGUAUAAAAAAGUUCCAUGCAUUCACAGAUUCUGGUUUAGAAGAAGAUGAGUUUAAAGAAUGCCUUAGCCAUUUACUCGAUUGUAAAGAAAAUUAUGAAGAUCGUUACAUCUGA